AUGUCUGACAAGAGAACACUGAUCGCCGUGAUGGGUGACGAGGACACCACAACAGGUCUAUUGCUUGCAGGGAUCGGUCAAAUCGAUCCAAAGACUAACGAUAAGAAUUUUUUCGUUUAUAAAGAGAAUAAGACUACAAAGGAACAAUUAGAGAUGGAAUUCAAUCAGUUUACACAGGAACGUAAGGAUGUUGCUAUUCUGUUGAUCAACCAAUUUGUUGCUGAUAUGAUUAGAUCUACGGUGGAUAGCUACGUGGAGCCAUUUCCAGCUAUCUUAGAGAUUCCAUCAAAGGACCAUCCAUAUGACCCAGAAAAGGAUUCUGUGUUGAAGAGAGUUAGAAAGUUAUUCGGGGAAUAG